GGAAUUAACUUAAUUCGAAAAUAUGCCACUGCAUCAGAUACCGUUAGACUAUCCUUUACUCAAUUUGAUCCACCGAAGCUAAAUGAAAUGCCUGAAUGUAGCACAUUAAUAAUUCUUCAUGGGUUAUUUGGCUCAAAACAGAAUUGGAGAUCAUUGGCAAAAAUUUUCGCCCAACGCUUGAAUACUCGUGUCUUUACUUUGGAUCUAAGAAACCAUGGUGAAAGUCCACACUCUGAAGUGCAUAAUUAUGAAGUUAUGGCCAAAGAUGUUGUAACCUUCAUGAACGAACACCAGCUUAAAAGAACAUUUAUAAUGGGUCAUUCUAUGGGAGGGAAGGUUGCCAUGACUAUGGCACUCAUGCAAGUGCCUCAGAUUGAUCAGCUUGUAAUUGUCGAUAGUGCUCCAAUUGAUGCUCGCAUGUCAAAAGAGUUCGAUACUUAUGUCGAAAUAAUGAAAAAAAUUGAGCAAAUUGGAGUCGUGAAACAGAGUCAAGCUGAUGAAAUAAUGAAAAGUUAUAUUUCGGACAUUAAUAUACGACAAUUUUUACUGACAAAUCUUAAAAAAGAUCCAGAAUCAGAAACAUACAAAUUUCGCAUUCCACUAGACGUGCUUGGAAAUUCGCUUAAAACAUUGCACGGAUUCCCUUUUGAUUCUGCUCGCCACACUUUUCAUAAAAGUACACUUUUUGUUGCUGGAACCAAGUCGAA